AUGCCACGCUGGUUCAAUACAUUACAAUUACAUCGUCGUUGGAAACAGUCGAAAACACAACAUAAGCGCACCGUAAAUGGAAAAUACAAACUACUACAUGAGAUCGGACAAGGCGCUUCGGGCAUUGUCCAUCUUGCGGUAGACACCAAAACCAAUGUCCGAUAUGCCAUUAAAGAGCUCAGCAAAUCGAAACUUCAACGUCAAUAUCAUUCCGAAUUACUGCGUCAAUCAGGACCUGCCGGCAUCGCACAAUCCAAAAAGAGAAAACUCAAUCACCAUGACAAUGAAACAAUAAAAGAACUCUAUAUCGAAGAAUCAAAUCUGUUAAAGAAAUUAGCUCCACAUGAAAACAUUAUUAAAUUUGUCGAGGUGAUUGAAGACGUCGAAUACAAUGAUUCCAUCUUUAUAGCAGUAAUGGAAUAUGCUGAAAAUGGCAUUGUCAUGGAUGUCACACCUCACUCUGUAACAAAGGCACUUUCUGACACAAAAUGCCGCAUUAUUUUCAAGCAAUUAGUGGCUGCAGUGACCCAUUUACAUCAGAACGGAAUUAUCCACAGAGAUAUUAAACCGCAAAAUUUACUAUUAUCAAACGAGAAUAUCGUCAAAUUGAUCGAUUUCGGUAACGCCACUAUUGUCACAGAAUCACUUGGCUAUACGACAGGUACACCUGCGUUUAUGGCACCUGAGCUCUUGAAAAAAGUGCAAGGAUCCCCUACCAGUGCCGAUCUAUGGUCCAUGGGUGUCACUCUUUAUUGUUUGGCCUAUGGUCAUUUACCGUUCGAAAAAGCAAGUCUAUUGGACUUGUAUGCAGAUAUUCAGAACAAAACUAUCUCUCACACUGAUCAAGUGGAUCCCCAAUUAGCGGAUUUAAUUGACAAAUUAUUGGAGAAAAAUCCCGUAGACCGAAUCACCUUGAAAGACGUGAGCUCGCAUCCAUGGUUGAAGAAAUAA